AUGAACAAGAUACCACCUGCAGCGCUUCUCGCUGCCCAUUUCACGAGCGCUGCUGUCCUUUGGCGGCAUGAAGGCCGUGACAUCACGCCCAGGAACAGCGCGUAUCUGAAUCACGAUACCGGAACCAUCGAAUUGCCCACUGCAGUACCAAAGCAUUCCAUUUCCGACACCAAUACCUUUGGGCAGCCUACUGCAACCUUAUCGCAAUUCAACUCCGAUAGCGGGACGAUUGAGCUGGCGACCGCAACGUCGUCGUAUCUAAACUCUGAUAUCGGUAGCAAUGAACUAACCAUAGCAACAACUCCACUACCUCCGACGUCUGGUUUCAUUGGCGUUCCUGGUGCAUCAUCCGGGCGAGCAUCUCCCAGCUCGGCUGGCGUUACUAAUGCGCCAAUCCCAGAGCAUUCAGCCAUCACAUUCACGGCAUAUCAUCCACUCUCUUCUGUGGAUUCUUCUAAGAUAAUAAAUAUUCCAACCAGAGAUGGAGAUUACUCCCCUGGGACACCAGGAUAUUCUCAAUUUUACUCCGGCACGGGAUCACUUACGCCCCCCGGCUCCUCUGCCAAUAGAAGUAUGACAUACCAUCCGCCAUCCACAUCAACCGGCCCAAAUAGCACCGUAAGUUUGAGCAGCGUAGCCUAUGGGACUGCUGUAACUUCUGGGCUGGGCUUCGUCUGGCCCACCAGGACGCCUGUAAUACCAUCCUCUCGGGUUAGUAGUGGGACGUCUACCAUGGCAUCGAGUACGGUUUCUGCUACAACUUCUAGUGAGACACCUCUUCAACCCACUCCCAUCACGAGUGCGGCAAUGAAUUCCCCGUCGGGCGCAUCCUCCGCCGUUCUAACGAGCGCAGCUUCCAAUCCUGCCUCAAGCCUGCCACUGCCACUGACGUCGACAUUUCCUUCCCCCACUACUUCACACUCAAGCCGGGCAGCCACCUCUCGUUCAAGCCAAGAUCCUCUCCCAUCGAGCACGACUUCUCUCUCAUCUCGCACGCUCCCAACUAUCCCCUCCUCAGCCCCAAUAUCCGCAGUCCCAUUCCGCGCCCCAAUUCCAGCAGAAUCACGCCCACUAAGUCACAAACCUCUGGAGACCCAUCCACCAAACAGUCCACUCCCACCGCAUUUAUCAGCCCCCAUGCCUCCAUCCGCGCCUCCAGCCCAAACCCCGCCACCAACGACAAAACUGGUGGUGAUUCCCACUACAAUGCAGCCAGUCAAGCAAAGCUCCACUGCCCUCGUCGUCGUUCCAAUCAAUGCGGCGCUGGAAGAGCGCAGCGAGCUCACAGAAGCGCAAGUCCCAGGGCAAUCGUCCCAUGAUUUUCUUUCCCGGAUCUUGAAAGCGCUCGCGGAUGAUGGCUCGUCGGUAAAUCCGACUACAUCGUGUCGACAAACAUUGGUCCCAACGCCGGAGCCUCCGCACGAGAUACCGCCUGCAGGAUUUACUUGUGCCUCGGGGACUACGUCUGAGUGCCCACCUCCGACUCCGUCUUGCUCCCUUCCGUCGAAGUCAACGUGUUUAUCGUCCUUGAUGGCGGUGACAUUGACCCUGACAAGGCCCACGCCGACAGCAGUUCCGAGUUGCAAGAGGGAGGAGGAAAGGAGGGAGGAAAUCGUUACGACUCUCGUCCGCGAAGGUCCCCAUUGCCCAUACCCGUAUCCCGGAGAACGCUGCGGAUCUUCGGCUACGAUGUUCGUUACCGUGACGAAGACUGUGGAGUAUAAGAAGGAAACGGAGACUGGUGAUUGGUGUCCAUAUCCGGGACAAAGGUGCUGA